UCUCGUUCUUGCGUUUCUGCGCCUCAGCGUUUCUGCGUCGAGCUGAAUGAUCCGUCGCGGGCUCGACAGUGAUUCGAUUUGAUUUGAAUUGAGUUGAUUUGAUUGAUCCGCAAGACGGAGUUAAGAAUCGUGUUUUGAAAGAUAUGCACAGCCAGAAAUCGAAGUGAUAAAGAAAGCCGACAUAUCGGGCUGCGGAGAAAGCAAUCCGAGAGAGUGCUAACAAGUUGAGUGCCAGUGCCGAGAAAAGUGCCUCCUCGCCAGCAGAAAGGAUUUACGCGCUCGACAGUUUCCCCAACUGACUGAAGCUAAGACUUUGUUUAAGUGAAAUAACAAUUAAUACUAUAACUAUAGCUGAUCACUGAUCGCUGAUCGUUGAUCGCUGCCAUCGGAUCGCUGCGAACUUCCUUCCCGCGCGCCUUCCCCAGAAAAGCCGUCAAAAUUCUUGAUAAAGUGGCCUCAAUAGGCGCCAACACGCUUAAUUUCACGGAUCUAGGGAGCCCCUACGAGGGGCCUCCCAGCACCCCCCAGUCCGGCAUGGACGCCCCCGACGCUCCCCACACGCCCAAAUACAUGGACGGCGGGAAUACGGCGGCCAGCGUCACGCCCGGCAUCAACAUCCCCGGAAAGUCCGCCUUCGUGGAGCUGCAGCAGCACGCCGCCGCCGGGUACGGCGGCAUUCGAAGCACCUAUCAGCAUUUCGGACCGCAGGGCGGCCAGGACUCCGGCUUCCCAAGUCCGCGCAGCGCCCUCGGCUACCCGUUCCCGCCCAUGCACCAGAACUCCUACUCCGGCUACCACCUGGGCAGCUAUGCCCCGCCUUGCGCCAGUCCCCCGAAGGACGACUUUUCAAUCUCGGACAAAUGCGAGGACUCCGGCCUCCGCGUCAACGGCAAGGGCAAGAAGAUGCGCAAGCCCCGCACCAUCUACAGCUCGCUGCAGCUCCAGCAGCUCAACCGCCGCUUCCAGCGCACCCAAUACCUGGCCCUGCCGGAGCGGGCGGAGCUGGCGGCGAGUCUGGGCCUCACGCAAACGCAGGUGAAAAUCUGGUUCCAGAACAGGCGAUCCAAAUACAAAAAGAUGAUGAAGGCGGCCCAGGGCCCGGGCACCAACAGCGGCAUGCCCCUGGGAGGCGGGGGACCCAAUCCCGGUCAGCAUAGUCCCAAUCAGAUGCACAGUGGUGAGUUCGAGAAUGGAGGCUACCUGCACAUGGCAUCUGAGGCUAAUGGAUCUCUCGAUAUUGUCCAUUCCACAGGCGGUAAUAACGGCGGUGGCUCGAACAGCGGCUCACCCUCACAUUAUCUACCUCCCGGACACAGUCCAACGCCAUCGAGUACACCCGUGUCCGAGCUUUCACCUGGUGAGUUUGCCUGCCAGGAGGCCCAGGGCCAAGAAACCACUUCAUCAGCUGCCUUUGUGCCCACAGAAUUCCCACCAACGGGCCUCAGUCCGCCAACGCAAGCGCCGUGGGACCAGAAACCGCACUGGAUCGACCACAAGCCGCCGCCCCAAAUGACGCCACAACCACCUCAUCCAGCGGCAGCGCUACAUCCGCAGACGCACCACCACAACCCGCCGCCCCAGAUGGGUGGCUAUGUGCCCCAGUAUUGGUAUCAGCCCGAGACGAAUCCAUCACUAGUGACUGUUUGGCCGGCGGUCUAACAGCAUCCGAACCAGCUGCCCUCGGCUGCCUGGACGCAGCACCAGCAGCACCAGUCCCUUCACCAGCACUCCUGCCCCGAGCUGGGGCACCAGCUGCAGAUGGAGCACCAGGCGGAGGCCCAGCACCUCCUCCAGCGGCAGGACCUCGCCGGCGGGGCCUUCGGGGGCGGGGGCGGUUGCGGGGCCGUGCAGCACACAAUAUCUUAGCCAAUAAACCAUGAUAGCAACCUGUAAAAUAUCCAUGAAAUGUUGAGAAAGAAAGCAAGAACACUGGCAAGUUAAGCGUAAAGUUUUGUACAUUUUAAACGUAAUCUAAAUAUAUUUACCAACGUGAAUAAAGUCGUUCUAAAAUGUAGUCUAGCUAAGAACAAAAACAAAAACAAAAAAAGAAAUCAAAAAAAGAAAAAAUACUUAAAGCAAAAACAUUCCUCAAUCACAGAGCAAGGAGAGAGCAUGAAACGUGUCCUUUAAUUUCGUUUAAUUUAGCAAAUUAACUAUGUAUAAAUCUAUCUAUAUGAACGUAACUAUAUGUAGUGAGCCACAACAGAGUAUAAAGCGUGACAGUACAUCGUAAAUAAAUGAAAUCGAACAAAAUCAAAA